AUGGGUUUCCUCGGUAUCAUCGAGGAUAAGCAUCUUGCUCAUGUACCCGCAACAGUCAUCCUCAAUGAGGAACAGGAUCCUCUCACCGUCUCGGGAGUGGCUUCAGCAAGCCUGAAGCGUGGCACUGGUAAAGAUGCAGAUGUUAUUCUGAUACCACAACCUUCCGAAGACCCCAACGAUCCAUUAAACUGGUCAUAUACGAAGAAGAUGGUCAUUAUGAUUAUCGUCGGCUAUGGAUCUGUACUCUACGCGGCCGUGCUAUCUCCUCUUCUGUCACCCGCACUGGUACUCAUUGCGGCAGACUACGGAAAAAGUGUCGGAGACAUCACAGUUAUCUCAGGAUACAUGCUGCUGGUGACUGGAGGUGUCGGGCCUAUAGUCAGCGCGUUGUCUAGGAAAUACGGAAAGCGUCCUCAACUCUUGAUUGCGUCGCUCUUUGGUUUGCUUGGAACCGUAAUUGGCAGUGCUGCGGACAGCUACGAGGGUCUCUUAGCUGGGCGUAUCAUUCAAGGAGGUUCUGUCUCCGCUUUCGAGUCCCUCGUAGUUGCCAUGAUUGGUGAUCUCUUCUUCGUUCACCAGCGUGGUGGGUUCAUGACACUCAUUCAGUUCAUAUUGGGCGCCGCUUCGAACUUCUCUGCCAUCAUCGUCGGACCCAUUGCAACAAAUCUCGGAUGGCGUUAUCUAUUCCACAUCCUCAUCCCUUUCGUGGCUCUCGAAGUCAUCCUUCUCUUCUUCUUCGUCCCGGAAACCAACUACAAUCGUGACCAUCGGUACGACAUCGACGAGCUAUCCAACGAUAACCUUGCAGAACUUGCAGCAGUCGAGAAACGACAUGCCGGUGACGGCGAGAAAGCUGAGAGCGACAAUAUGGUGAAGAUCGAGACAGCCACCAGCUCACCGCCUGCCAUGCGCCCAAAAAGGACUUUCGUACAGGAACUAGUUAUCUUCACCGGGACUUACUCGGACGAUAACCUUCUGCAACUCGUCAUCGCUCCCUUUGCUGUUUGCGCAAACCUAGCUGUACUAUGGAUGGUCAUAUUGACUGGAGGGCUUACUGCUUUCUUUGUCGCGCAAUCAUACGUUAUGGCUCAGAUCUUCAUGUCCCCUCCAUACCUGCUUAGCGCAGCUGGUGUCGGCUACCUCUCCUUGGGACCGUUCCUUGGUGGCCUUCUCGGAUCGAUCCUUCUUGGUGCGACACUUGACCCUCUUAUCAAAUGGUGCGCAAAGAAGAACAAAGGAGUCUACGAGCCCGAGUACCGCCUACUUGGUAUGAUUCCAUCGGUAACAAUCGUCAUUGGUCUAUGCCUAUUCGGCUACCUCGCUGAAGAAGGCAAAUCGUACUAUCUUACAGCUUUCUUCCACGGCAUGGACUUGUUCGGUAUUGUCACAGCCGCGAUCGCCGCAUCUUCUUAUGUCCUAGAUUCCUUCCGCGAUAUCAGCUCUGAAGUGUUCAUCAUUAAUAUGGUGUUGAAGAACUUCUUGUUCUAUGGCUUCUCAUAUUUUGUGAACGAUUGGGCGGCUACCGAAGGGCCUGCUGUGGUGUUCUACACUUUUGCAGGUAUUUCCGCCGCAAUGAUCAUCACGACCCCCCUGUUCUUUUUCUGGGGCAAACAGUACAGAAGCUACUGGCAUAGGCACAACUUGUUGCAGAAGUGGGGUAUUGCCACUCAUGCAGAGAUAUAA